GACCUACCUCUCUCUCUCUCUCUCUCUCUAAAAAUUCAUCAACCUUCCUCUUUCCACUAUUGAACUCCGUCCCCUAUCAUUCGUCAAACUUGCGUUCUCGAUUUUUCCUAAAAAAAACUGUUUUUUUUUUUUCAUCUCUGCUGGUUUUCUGCCCCUCAGGCGGUUUUUCCUUUACCGUUUUUUUUCAUCUCUGCUGGUUUUCUGCCCAUCAGGUGGUUUUUCCUUCGCCGUUUGAGUGGUUUGUUGGCCGUUUAAGGUGUUGUUUUCUCCAUUCAAGUGGUUUUGUGGACCAUUUUAGCGGUUGUCUGAACAAAUUUAGCGGCUUUGAUGCAGUAUUGAGCGGUUGAGGACAAAAGAGGGAUGGCUCAUAAGGUUGAUCAUGAGUAUGAUUAUCUGUUCAAGAUUGUUCUUAUUGGAGAUUCAGGUGUCGGGAAAUCGAACAUCUUGUCUAGGUUUACUCGUAAUGAAUUCUGUUUAGAGUCAAAAUCAACGAUUGGUGUGGAAUUCGCAACCAGGACCCUCCAGGUCGAUGGAAAAACAGUUAAAGCACAGAUAUGGGACACAGCUGGCCAAGAGAGGUACAGAGCCAUAACAAGUGCCUAUUAUAGAGGAGCUGUUGGGGCCCUGCUGGUUUAUGACAUAACCAAGAGAGCCACCUUCGAUAACGUUCAAAGGUGGCUUCGAGAACUAAGAGACCAUGCAGACUCCAAUAUAGUUAUAAUGAUGGCUGGAAAUAAGUCGGAUUUGAAGCAUUUGAGGGCUGUCUCUGAGGAAGAUGCUCAAGCUUUGGCGGAGAAAGAAGGGCUUUCUUUCCUCGAGACCUCUGCAUUAGAAGCGGUGAAUAUUGACAAGGCUUUUCAAACUAUUCUUACUGAGAUAUAUCACAUAAUAAGCAAGAAAGCAUUGGCAGCUCAAGAGGCAGCAGUCGCGUCUGGUCCAGGUCAAGGAACUACCAUCAAUGUGGCUGAUUCUCCUGGCAAUUUGACAAAGAAAAAUUGCUGUUAUGGAUAAAUGCAUGAUGGAGAAAUAGUUAGGCUUUAUAAUGUUUUCAUUUUCAUUUUCUUCUCUUCUUUUCUAUCUAAUUUUGUGAAAUACUUGUCGACAUAAGAGUAGAGAUUGACUUAGAUUUCAAGAGGUGUCUUUUGUGUUGUGAGCUCUUUUUCCUUUUUUUUUGUUUUUAUUUAUUUUUGGGUGGGCCCUCCCGGGGGCAUGGGAGGUUGGGGUUUUACCUUUUCAGUGAAGGAGUUUCUUGAGAGGAAUGGGUGUAGCAAGAGGUAGCUGCUGGGGUUCUAUCUUGUGUUUUGGGUUUUUUUGACUUCUUAUUCCCACUUCCAAUUGUACCUCAUUUGGAUUUUUUUUUCACACUCUUUAAAGUGGGAUUGCCUUCUUUUUUUCUAUUGGUGCAUUCUGUCUUUAUGUGAGUUAUAAUAUGAUUCUAAUUCUUGUUCACCUGAAACUAUUGUGGUUGGAGAAGAUAUAUGUCACACUGAUAGUUGAGCUAUGAAA